AUGUCGUCAUUUAGAAGACAGUUCAUCGACUCUUCGUCAGUGUCGCUCUCGAACUCCCCGUUCCAGAACUCUCCACUGAAAAACUCCACCCACAACGCCAUGUCCAUUCAUCUGGGACACUCGGCAUCGAAUCUUGCAAAUAUCAUGGUGCCUCUGAGCUACGGCAGUCUCCACGGAAGCAUCCAUAACAAUAACAAUAGCACGCGAUCCAACUCUGUGUCUUAUGAUGAGCAUGUGGCAAAUAUAGGCACCUCCAACCCGGCAUCCAUCGACUACAAGACGGUGACUAAGCAUCUUGGAACUCCCGACGAAACUCUCAAAAUGCAAGGAGGAGACGUUGCACGGUACUUGUAUCAUCAGAUAGAGAAUGCGAAUAAAAAUGCCAACGGUGGGGGCAAGGGCAGGGCCAGAUCCUCUUCAUUUAGUAAUCUCAUCGAUGCCAGAAGAGAAUCAACAGCCAGUGACAUCAACGUGCCUGGAGGAUUCCGUAGGGAGUUCUUGAUCAACCGUUCGUUACAGCAGAACAAACCUCCACCAAAUUUUUUAACUAGAAACUUUGUGGAGUUCUUGAGCAUUUACGGUCAUUUUGCCGGUGAAGACUUUGAUGACGACGAUGACGACGAGUCUUCCGAGGAAAGUUACGAAGAUGUGUUUGACGAGGAGUCGCUGUUGUUACAGGAAAGAAGACCUGUGGGUUCUGUGCCCAAAAAACGGAAAAAGACGGCUCAUAAAGGCACUGCCAGCCAGGUUAAGACGUUUUUCCUUCUUUUCAAGGCUUUGGUGGGCUCCGGUGUGCUUUUCUUGCCUGGAGCCUUCCACCAUGGUGGUUUGCUUUUCUCUACCAUUGUUAUGAUGAUUUUCGGCUUCUUGACCUACAUCUGUUACAUUGUUUUGAUCUUCAGUAAGAAGAUUCUCGGAAAGAGUUCAUUCGGUGAGUUGGCGUUCCUCACAUACGGUAACCCUUUGAAGUAUUCAAUCAUGGUAUCGAUCAUUUUGGCUCAGAUUGGGUUUGUGGCUACAUAUAUCUUGUUCACGGCUGAGAACAUGGCGCUGUUCAUGGAGGGCUUUUUCCACAUCACCGUGAGCAAAGCCAACAUUGUAAUUCUCCAAUGUCUUAUUUUGAUUCCGUUCGUUCUUAUCAGAGACUUAACCAAGUUGAGUUUCACGUCCCUUCUUUCCUCCGUGUUUAUUCUUGUCGGUUUGAUGAUCAUCUUCUACUUUUCUGGCUUGCAAUUGAUCGAGCAUGGUAUCGGCCCUAACAUCGUACAAUUCAACAGCAAGACGUGGUCCAUGCUUAUUGGUGUGGCAGUUACUGCUUUCGAAGGUAUUGGUUUAAUUCUUCCCAUCGAAGCAUCCAUGGCCCACCCAGAAAAGUUUCCAUUUGUUCUCUCGAUGAGUAUGUUGAUCAUCACCGCAUUGUUCGUGGCCAUUGGUGCCAUUGGCUACUCAAGCUUUGGAGAAAACGUGAAGUCCAUCAUCAUUUUGAACUUGCCUCUGACCAACAUCGCAGUGCAGCUGAUCAUGGUGUUGUACUCGAUUGCUGUGUUUUUGACCGCCCCAUUGCAAUUAUUCCCAGCCAUCAGAAUCGGAGAGCUGGUUCUUUUCAACUCCAGACUCUUCUUGACCAAGGAGCAGCAGAGCCAUACCGAGGAAGGUAAAUUGUACCACAACUCUGGAAAGUACAACCCACAUAUCAAGUGGAUCAAGAAUAUCUUGAGAGCAGCAUCAGUCGUGUUCAUUUCUUGUGUGGCUUACUUGAACGCCAAUAACAUCGACAAGUUUGUGAGUUUCAAUGGAUGUUUCGCAUGUAUUCCACUUGUCUACAUCUAUCCACCUAUGAUUCACUUGAAGACAUACAAGACGCAGCCCAACCAGCUGAUGUUUUUCAAGUACUUUGACUGGGCGAUCAUUGUGGUGGGUGUUCUUGCCGUUUUCUACACUUCCUACCAGAUUUUGUUUGCCAUUGAGUAG